GCAUGCGUAGAAGUGGUAAUGGAGGAUAGUGAUCUACUCACAGGGGGCUUAGUUAGCAAGCUGUCUUCUUUCUCGUCCGUUCAUAACUGCUGUUUCUGUUGAUUACGAGACAUUUGCAACGUAAAGGAACACCGUCUGAAUCAAUUGAGAGGAGGUGGAGGUGCCACUGAGUUUUGGGAUGGCGUCAGACGUGGUUUCCCAAAACCAUGCUUCCAAGAGGAUCAUGACUUUUUACCCCGCUGCUGAGGAAUUUAAGAACUUCAGUCGCUACAUUGCAUAUAUGGAGUCGCAGGGAGCACACAAAGCAGGCCUGGCAAAGAUUGUCCCACCGAAGGACUGGAAGCCUAGAGGCUCUUACGAUGAUAUUGACGAUUUGGUGAUACCUGCACCCAUUCAGCAGGUUGUGACAGGCCAGUCGGGCCUUUUCACACAGUACAACAUUCAGAAGAAGGCCAUGACCGUCAGAGAGUUCCGCAAGAUUGCCAACAGUGACAAGUUCUGUAGUCCACAUUAUGAUGACUUUGAGGAGCUGGAAAGGAAGUACUGGAAGAAUGUGACAUUUAACCCUCCCAUAUAUGGGGCAGAUGUGAAUGGAACUCUUUAUGACCCUGAAGUCAAAGAGUGGAACAUUUGCCAUCUGGACACUAUUUUGGAUACCGUUGAACGUGAAAGUGGCAUCACUAUUGAGGGUGUUAAUACGCCUUAUUUGUACUUUGGCAUGUGGAAGACCACGUUUGCUUGGCACACUGAGGACAUGGACCUCUACAGUAUCAACUACUUGCACUUUGGAGAGCCCAAAUCAUGGUACUGUGUUCCUCCAGAGCACGGGAAAAGAUUGGAGCGUUUGGCUAAAGGGUUCUUUCCUGGUAGCUCCCAGAAUUGUGAGGCCUUUUUGAGGCACAAGAUGACACUCAUCUCUCCGUCUAUACUGAAGAAGUAUGGUAUUCCAUUUGACAAGGUUACUCAGGAGGCUGGUGAGUUUAUGGUAACUUUCCCCUAUGCCUAUCAUGCUGGUUUCAACCACGGUUUCAACUGUGCAGAAUCCACCAACUUUGCCACAGAAAGAUGGAUUGAGUAUGGCAAGCAAGCAGUUUUGUGCUCAUGCCGUAAAGACAUGGUGAAGAUUUCCAUGGAUGUAUUUGUGAAUAAAUUCCAGCCAGAUCGCUAUGAAUCGUGGCUGGCGGGGCGAGAUGUGGCACCCAUUGAUCACUCACGGCCCACCCCAGAAGCUAAGGAGUUCCUGGGGGAGUCCUUUAAUGACCUCACCAGCAACAGUAACAAUAACUCCAUGGAGAGUUGUGGGGAGGACGGAGAGCGGAGGAGCACUACACAGAGGAUAGAGACCAAGAGACACAGAGUGUGUCUGGAGGUGCCCGAGGAGGUUGUUCCUAAGGAUGAAGAUGAGGAAGAUGUGGAGCAGUAUGGAAAGCGUCCCAGGCUAAGCCUUAUACCGCCACGUACUGUGUCACAAGAUGGCAAGAGAAAUAAAGGUCCACCAAAGUUGGUUGUCACACCAACCAAGCUCACUUUAUUGGAUCCAUUUCACAGGGGCUUGACCCAAAGUAACAGCGAUGUCAGCCGCCCCCCUCAUUAUACCAAGACUCGUGCCCCUGCGAUCUCGUCUCAGUCCCAGACCAGAAAUGGACACCUGUCAGUUUCAACCGCACCAACAUGGACAGAAGCCACCGCUCAGCCUGCCCGCAAAAUGGGGGUUGCCAGCCUGCUCUUCCACAGGACUCUGAGCCCAAAAGACACUCUACAAGUACACAACUACACUCUAGAGAAGCAGCAGCAGCCUCACACACAGCUGCAGGUGCACAGCUAUGCCAGAGAGCACCAACCCCGUCAUCUCCAGCACAAAACCUGCACACCAUUACGCAUGCCGGUUCAGUCCUUGCCUCAGACACCAGGGAGUGAAAGAACAGAGCCACUGCCAGAAACCAAGACCGUUCUUACCAAAGUAGUGUGUGUUGUGGAGCAGGACCAAAAGAAGGACAGACCUGAAAUGCCAUUGCCAGUUGAGGCUCAGGUGGAAGUUGAGAAGCCUGAAGUUGAGUCAACCAGCAAGUCUGUCUCCUCUAGGACUCAAACACAACUGAGAGAGUCAAUCAACAUGGAGGUGGAGGCCCCGAAGAACAACCGGCGAAAGAGUAAACAAUGCCCCCUUGCGGAUAGUGGCAUUGUCAUCCUGAAAGACACCGUUCCUGUCAGGAAACCAAUACCUGAUGCGAUGAAGGUGAUCGCUCAGAGUCAUCAUCAGGUGUCAGAAGAGCAAUCAUACUGCAAGUCGGUUGUGAAGAAGCAGCAGCAACAGGCAGAGCUCCAUAAGCUGCCCCGUCAUCACCCUCUAAUCAGAGAGGUGUAUAGUGACGAUGACGUGUAUGUAGAUAUGGAGGUUGAGCAAGAGGAGAAAGAGGAGUGGGCCAAGCCGAUAACCCGGCUGUGGCAGUGUCGGCCAUAUAACCCUCAGGCAGAGAGGGAGUACAACAAGAGCAUGGGCCAGCAGGCCCCCUACUGCUGCAUCUGCCUGCUCUUCCACACUUAUCAUCAGUCGGAGUCCAGUAAUGGAAGUUCCUGUGUGACGUUGGUGAACCGUCCAGGGGGCCACCAGUGGUCCAAGCCACUCAUCCCUGAAAUGUGUUUCAACACCCAAAGUAACAAGACGAAUGACAGCGGGGAGGGACAACUGUCUAACCCUCAUGUAGCAGAGGACGGGACCAGCCGGCUGGUCAGCUGUACUCAGUGCUGUGUCCGCGUACAUACCAGCUGCUACGGUGUUUCUGGAGAUGAAGCCGAGCUAGACGACUGGCUGUGCGCCCGCUGUGAGGCCGAUGCCAUUACAGAGGACUGCUGUCUGUGUUCAUUAAGAGGUGGAGCUUUGCAGAGAGCCAACAAUGACAAAUGGGUUCAUGUGCUGUGCGCCAUCACUGUGCUGGAAGCUCGUUUUGUGAACAUCACCGAGCGGGGGCCCGUUGACCUCUCUGCAAUCCCGCUGCCACGGUUCAAACUGAAGUGUGUGUACUGCAGGAAACGGAUGAAGAGGGAGGUGACGGGCUGCUGCGUCCAGUGCUCCCACGGACGCUGCUCCACAGCGUUUCACCCCACCUGCGCUCAGGCAGCUGGCAUCCACAUGCACCCAGAUGACUGGCCGUUCAUUGUCUUCAUCACCUGCCACAGACACAGAGCGCCCCUCAUACCUGAGCGCAACAAGGCGUCCUUGCGGGAGGUGACAGUGGGGCAGAGGGUGAUAUGUAAACACAAAAACAGCCGUUACUACCACAGCGAGGUGUUGGAACUGACCACAGCCACCUUCUACGAGGUUGUGUUUGACGACGGGUCCUACAGCGACAACCUCUUCCCUGAGGACAUCGAGAACCGUGACUGUGUGCGGCUUGGUCCACCCGCCAAAGGCGAUGCUGUUCAAGUGCGAUGGACAGAUGGUUUGAUAUAUGGAGCCAAGUUUGUAGCGUCACACUCCAUCCUUAUGUACCUGGUGGAGUUUGAGGAUGGAUCACAAAUCUCAGCCAAGCGAGAGGACAUCUACACUCUAGAUGAGGAUCUGCCCAAACGAGUCAAGUCACGAAUGUCGGUGGCAUCAGACAUGCGUUUUGAGCUCUUCGCGCAGAACGACGUCAAACAGAACUCCAAAAGACAACGGGUCAUCAACUCUCGGUACAGAGAGGACUACAUCGAGCCGGUCAUUUACCGAGCCAUCAUGGAGUGACGUCCAUUUCUUUUUCCUCCUGCUUUCCACCUGUCCUUCUCCAAGUCAUCAGCUCACCACAGUGAGAUGCAGCUCCAGGUCCUGCCCCCCCCCCCCUCCUUUUUCUUCCACAGCCUGUCGGGCUACACAUUUAUACUACGGCUGGGACUUUAAAUGACUUUUGUGUUCAUGAAUGAUAUUCUUAGACCUCAGUUUCCCAUCACACUCUGAUUUUUCUUCCUCCAUUUCAUCUUUUUUUUCGUUUUCUCAGGAAGAAGCCAUCACUGAAUUAUUAAAUAUGGAAAAGGUUGGACUAUCUAACUGGGGCAAGAUGUUGUUUUUUUUCUUCUACCACCAUAUUUAGCAGCUGUAAAGUAAACACAUCUUUACACGUUGCACAGUAGACAGUUUUUCUACUUUAGUACUAUUUCUUCUAUAGUUGAGCUUAUCUUCAGGUCAGGUUUUUUAAUCAUGUAGGUAAACAAAGGCAGAACUAUGAACUUUGAGCCAGUCAGCGGUUGAUUACAAUAACUAUUUGAUGACUCAAUUGGAUUCUUGGAGAACUGUUAUGUUAUAACCCCAAAGAAAUGGAAUAAUGUGUCAUGAUCAUUUUUUGAGACAUCUUCAGAUUGUACUUCAUACAUUUUUGUUCUCAUAGGUAUGUCUACGUGCAUCUACUGUGAACAUAGGAGAAAACUAGACGUGUUUUAAAGGCCCAAGCCUUACAUUUCAAAGGGCCAAGCGUACUUUGGUUUUUAUAAAGCUUAAGGUUUAUUAUAACUAUUGUAAUUAAUGUUAUUAUUACACUUAAUUUAUGCGAGUGCAUUGAGUUUGAGAACAAAGCUAUUUUUGUCAUGUCCUUUUCACAAUCUGUAGAAAACCUCAGAUGUAUUUAUAUUUAUUAUAUUGAUAGGUUUUCAGACAUCCUGUUUUAAAUUAUGAGGCUCACUCUUCUUGUAUUGGCAUUGGAGGGUGUGAGUGCCAAUCUGGCAAGCCCCUCUCCCAGCAAAAAGCACUUAUUGUUCCUUCCUGCCACAGGACAUUCACUAUUUUGUAGACACGUGGCCUCCACUAAUUUAGUUUUUCUGUGUGUUUUUCCGAUAAAAGCUAGCUCUAGAGAUGAACAUUGUAACCAUGUUAUAGUUUGAGCCCAAAUAAAAAAGUGAUCAGACAUUUUCACAUGUGGGCAAGCUUAUUUUCAUUCUGAGUCCUUUGUAGAUGCUUUAAAACGAUCUUCUGUGUAGAGAGUUGUGAAGAGUUACUCACUUCUCGUUAGGUCAGUGUUUAUACCGUUGAGACCUAGUUCAUGGCUGUUGUUGUCCAUUUAGUUUUAUUUGGGGCACUGUCCAAGGCAGCAUUAAAUCUGUUCACUCUUGAUCAACAUCAGCUGUUGAUCACACACACAAUACCACUAAGGCAACCAAAAUUUGUGCCAGAACAGGCAUCAGAUGAAGACGUAUUCGUCACAGAGCAACUCAGCAUGCCUCUGUCGCUGUCCAUUUCUCGAAACUGAUUACGUAUACUUGUUGUGAAAGGUCUCGAUCAUUGCACUGCUGAGCUAAGCAGGUUUGCGUGUGAUCAAAACGCCUUGGGUGAAAUAUGUUGAUAAUGGCUUGUCCAGAAUCAGAUAUGUAAAUGUCCCAGCCUCGAUGCCAGGAAUACGGCUACCCUGCCCCCGGAUGCAGUGUUGCUACGCCCACAUGAGGCAGGAACUAUAAGUUCCCUCUUGUACAGGGUUGGACUAUCCAUCGGCAAGAUAUCAGGGUUUUUUUUCUUUCCUCUACCACCACAUUUAGCAUUUUGAAUGCUCCAGCCAGCAAAAAUAUACAGGUAAAAUAAUAAUUAAUAAUAAACAGUAUAAUUUAGUAGCGAGCAGAUACAAAAAAAAAGAAAGAAAAAAAGCACUUGUGAAUUCCCCUGUGGAAACUGGUGCACAACCACAGGCCCAACAUCACUCUGAUCAUAUUUAGUGAUAUAAAAGCGAAAGCAAAAGCGAAUUCUCAUGGCCUCCAUUAAUUAAUCGAGUUGCUUACUUGACGUGAGAGUGAAGAAGUAUUUUAUAAAGAGAAUGAAUAAAUAGAAUUAAAACAUUUCUGUUGAAUAUAUGUAUUUAAAACUACACAUGUUGCAACUGUUAAUCAUGAUCUACUACAUGCUUCACAUGAAGAGUUAUAAGUCAUUGAUAUAC